AUGAAGUCUCCCACCCGACCGACGCGUCGCGCCAGCGCGCGUACCUCUCGCCGUCGUGGCUCCGGCGACGCGCCGACAGCCCAGCCUUCUCCGCCUGAUGCCGGCGUGCUGAUUGAGCCGUCGACGGACCCCGAGGGCUCGCUGGAAGUGACGUUCUGCGCCGUGCAGCGCGUGGCCGGCCGCGCGUUCCUGUUGCUGUGCACGCACUCACAUUGGCGCCUCUACCGCCUGGACGGCUUCAGUGCGGCUCGUGAUAGCUGCACGACCGUGCAGCUGCUGAUCGACCCGCAGAAGGACGCGGCGCGACUUUCAGGUGUGCGCUUCUUCCGCCUGUACGAGCGGCCGGCAACGGCGGCUUCUCGUGGCUUCGCGCUGGCUCUGGGCGGGCUCUUCGUGUCGGAGCGAAGCUUCUCGACGCCCUCGAGCGACGAGGAGGACGAGGACUUUGUGGCUGCAUCGGCAGAGAAUGAAGACGACGGACACGAGGACAUUUCCGUGCUGGCUCUGGACGAGGAGAAACUGCUGCACAAGCUGCCGCCGUCGCCGUCGCUGGUGCUGGACGUGCAGACCAACGCUGCGACGGCCGCAGUGCUCUGCGAGACGCGCGAGCUUUUCCUGUACGACUUGGCCACUUUCCAGCUAUUGCAGACAAUUGUCACGGCCUCUCCAGCCAUGGCGCUCGGUGCGCGCUGGCUGGCGUACCCAGGAUACGCUCAGGAUGUACCCGGACUUCAAGCCAACGGACGCGAUCACUCGCUGUCGGGCCAAGGAGAUAGCGAUUCGGACUUCGACGACCUCCCUACUGACGUCCUGGUGAACGGCGGGGUGGCAGUGGAGGCAUCACACAGCUCGUCGCCGUCGUACACGGCAAUCGACGUGGCGCAGAAUGUGGCCUCGGGGCUGUAUUAUCUUUCGGAAGUCGGACGCGCCACGAUCGCUCCGUACUUGUCCUCCUCGCCCGGCCAACUGGCCGAUGGAGCGCACAAUCUUCGCACACGGGCAUCGCCUUCUGGACGGCGUAGUUCCGGUCGAUCUCGAAAGUCUUCCCUAAAUGACCCCUCGGGUGCCCAACAGCAGAAUCCCCAGUCUAGAGACGACAUCACUGCCUCAGCCUCGAAGAAGCACCCGGGGUGGGUCGUGGUAUUGGAUCUGGUUACUAAGCGCGUGGUGGCCAACUUCCCGUGCCACUCGACAGCAUUGGUUAACUUGUCGAUGGACUUUUCGGGGCUACUGCUGGCAACAAGCUCCACUAAGGGCCAGAACCUCCAUGUGUACAGAUUGUCGCCGCCGUUGCAAAGUGUCGUAAACAAACCGGCCGGGGCAGGAGCUGCUGGUCACGGAUCGCUUCACCACCAACUGGUGUACAAGUUGCAGCGUGGGAUCACUCACGCCAGUAUCCAGGACAUCGCCUUCAGCCAGGAUGGCAAGUGGAUUAAUGUCACGUCAGCACACGGCACCAGCCACCUCUAUGCUUUGCACCCGGAGGGAGUGCGCGUGAGUGCAGACACCCAUGCAAACACGGUCGAGAGUGCGACCGAAUCCGACGUUGAUGGCCUUGGCCCAGGCUUCCGGCAUCGCGAGGUGAACGACUUCUAUGCUGAUUUCCGCUCUCUUGAGACGCGGACGCAGACACAGGUGCUUCGAAUUCGCCAUGAACUGCAAACCCCCGCUGUAUCAGUCGUGGCGCCGCACAAGGCAGCAGCCAGCCCUGCGUCUUCGAAAGCGCGUACGACGCGUUCGUCAUCGUCGUCGUCUUCUUCGUCUAUGUCGUCUACAUCGUCGUCGUCAUCCCCACCCGGUUAUGCGUAUCACCACAGCCCGCCAACAACUGGAAGUAUGCGUAGCAGCACUAUCAUGGAGUCGGCCCUGGAUGCGUCGCAAGCGUUGCUAUCUCAACUCGCCACAUCCGCCAUAGACUUUGGUCAUCAACACUUCGAAAAUGACACGGAUGUAGUUGCUCGCCGCCGCCGACUGCGUCAGCGAUUGUGCUGCCUGUUCGCUGCCGAUGGACUAAAGGUGCUGAUCUGCUGCGACUCGGCGCUGAAGUUGUACGGAAUGCGAGUGACUGCGCUUUCCCAACAUAAAGCAGACCACGCGCGUGCUGCGUCGACUGAUCCGAAGACGAAGAAUUCCAAGUCGUCGUUGUCGUCGUUCGGCUUCGAGGCCAGCGUCACGGAGCUCAAGUCGUGGGACCUGCUCGCAUCAAACCGACGGAAGUCGGAAUCUCUCUCGUCUGCGGUUGAAGAUCUGGCAAGCGUGAAUGGCAGCAGCACCGGCCCUGAAGCCAGCGCUAAAAGCGAGCUGAGAACCUAUGCCCAGCGAUCAUUACCGUUGUGGGCCCACCCGAAAGUGACGUUCAAGGCGAUCGACGAAGACCACCCGGAGGGCAGAACUCUUGAAGUUAAACGCAAGGGGCCAAAUCCGAGCCAAGAUCUCAGCUCUAGCACCAUGGCCAUGGCACCGGAGGGCUUCGUCAACGGCGACGAGCAACUGUUUGUGAUGGAGAUGGAUUCCUACUUCGGUAUUGGGGGCUCGCCAGUGUUCGACGGACGCGGUGGAGAUCACUCCGCAACGCCAGAGGUGCCGCCACCUUUAGAUCUAGCAGCGAGCAUCAACAUGGCCAUGUCAUCUUCACUGUCAGAAACGCCGCCGAAGCCGCUUCCAGAGGUGAAGAACACGAUUUGCUUCAGACCAAUCGACCAGAACUCUCCCCCUCAAACAAACGGAUCAAGCCACAAGGGCAAGAAGAAAAAAGGAAAGAACCGCCGAGCGCCAACGCCACCGUCGUCUUCAGAAACCGAAGUUGAAGUCAUCGAAGAGGGCAGCACUACUGGCGGGCUGGCAUCGUUGCAGUUCACGAUGCAGGACAUGUACUUUGCGGUGCCUCCUACCGACGAAGCCAGCGACUAA